CUCAGCGGUCCCACGUGUUGCGAGUCGGGCCGUUGAGCGAUAUACUAGUACCUCUCUCAUCUCCCAAACUGCAGUAGGAACUACUGUUCCUUGCUAACAAUUUUCCAAUGUGCCACGCCCAACGGGAUGGUUCAAGUUCUGAAUUUCCAUCAUUGAACCAUUUGAUUCCAUCAAGUCGAUCACAUCGACGACAACCCCCAAAUCCCGACUCCAGGACAGCCGCAGGCCUGCUGUCAACGCACAGUUUCACACCUACCUGAGCUGGAAAACCCGGCCGGCCCGCUGCAUCCGCCUCAUAAUAUCGAACGACGACUGUAGCAACCUGGAAGCAUGCUUCGCAACACGGUCAAACGCAGCGCAAAAGCUGCCACGGAGCUCUCGCAGCUUCCCAAGAUCGGCGAGAAAGUUCACGGCUUCACACUAUUGCGGACGAAGCAUGUGCCAGAGCUGGAACUGACGGCACUGCACCUGCGGCAUGACAAGACGGGUGCCGAACAUCUCCAUAUUGCGCGAGACGACAGCAACAAUGUCUUCUCAAUCGGUUUCAAGACUAACCCACCGGAUGACACCGGUGUCCCGCAUAUCCUGGAGCACACCACGCUCUGUGGUAGUGAAAAAUAUCCUAUUCGUGACCCAUUCUUCAAGAUGCUCCCACGCACCCUCUCCAACUUCAUGAACGCUUUUACGGCCUCGGACCACACAUUCUACCCCUUCGCCACGACCAACGCCCAGGAUUACAAGAACCUCAUGUCGGUUUACCUAGAUGCCACACUGCGCCCUCUGCUCAAGAAGUCCGACUUUACCCAGGAAGGGUGGCGCAUUGGACCAGAGAACCCCCAGGCUCUGGCUUCGGGUGAGGCGCAAGCUAAGCCUGAGGAUAAGAAGCUUGUGUUCAAGGGUGUCGUGUAUAACGAGAUGAAGGGCCAGAUGUCUGAUGCUGGUUAUCUGUUCUACAUCCGCUUCCAGGACCACAUCUUCCCGGAUAUCAACAAUUCGGGUGGUGAUCCUCAAAAAAUCACCGACCUGACGUAUGAGCAACUCAAGCAGUUUCAUGCUGAGCACUACCACCCGAGCAAUGCCAAGAUCUUCACAUAUGGUGAUAUGCCUCUGGCAGAUCAUUUGCGGGAGGUUGACGCUCAGCUUGGUGCUUUUGAGGCUAUCAGAGGUGAUUUGGCCAACCACAGGCCUAUCGACCUGAGCUCCGGUCCAAGAGAAGUCAAGCUCUAUGGACCCAUUGACCCCCUGGUGGACCCCAGCAAGCAAUUCAAGACUUCUGUUUCUUGGGUCCUCGGCGACACUUCCGAUGUAGUAGAGUCCUUUUCUCUCUCCUUGAUCUCGGCGCUGCUCACGGAUGGCUAUGGCUCGCCGCUUUACAAGGGGCUCAUUGAGAGUGGCCUCGGCACCGAUUGGAGUCCCAACACCGGUUACGACAGUUCGGCCAAGGUUGGAAUCUUCUCUAUCGGUCUGACUGGUGUCCAGGAAGCCGAUGUUCCCAAGCUCAAGAUGGCCGUGCAGGAUAUCCUCCGUCAAAUGCGGGAUAAGGGCUUUGAGCGGUCCAAGAUUGAUGGCUACCUGCACCAGCUGGAAUUGGGUCUGAAGCACAAGACAGCUAAUUUUGGCAUGUCUCUCCUGCACCGUCUCAAGCCCAAGUGGUUUACGGGAGUCGACCCUUUUGAUUCGUUGUCUUGGAAUGACACCCUCGCUGCAUUUGAGGAGCGUUACGCCAAGGGCGGUUACCUUGAGGGCUUGAUGGAGAAGUACCUGUUGAAUGACAAUACUCUCACAUUCACCAUGGCCCCAUCUCCCGUGUUUGCCCAGGAACUCGCCAAGGAGGAGGAAUUCAGGCUGAAGGGCAAGAUCGCCCAGGCCGUCGAGUCUGCCGGUGGCGAAGAGCAGGCCCAGAAGGCGUUUGAAACACAGGAGUUGGCUUUGCUGGCUGAGCAAGGAAAGUCCAACACUGAAGAUCUCAGCUGCCUCCCAAGCGUACAUGUCAAGGACAUUCCACGAUCGAAAGAGCCUGUUGGGCUCAGGAACGAGACUGUCGAGAAGGUCAAGCUUCAGUUGCGGGAAGCGCCCACAAACGGCCUUACAUACUUCCGGGCGAUCAACACGCUGGAGAACCUGCCAGAUGAGCUUCGGCAGCUUAUUCCUCUCUUUACUGACUCUAUCAUGCGUCUUGGUACCAAGGACAUGACAAUGGAGCAGUUGGAGGAUCUGAUGAAGUUGAAGACUGGCGGCGUGUCGGUGGGAUAUCACACAGCCUCGAACCCUUUGGACUUCAAGCAGGCGAGCGAGGGUCUUAUUUUCACAGGCAUGGCCCUGGACAGAAAUGUUCCCGUCAUGUUUGAUCUGCUUCGCAAGCUGAUGGUCGAGACCAACUUUGACAGCCCAGACGCCGCCCCGCAGAUCCGGCAGCUUCUCCAGGCUGGUGCUGAUGGCGUUGUCAACGACAUUGCCUCUUCUGGUCAUGCCUAUGCCCGCAGAGCAGCUGAAGCGGGCUUGUCGUGGGAUGCUUUUAUUCGGGAGCAGGUCAACGGUUUGUCGCAAGUCAAGUUGAUAACGAGCCUGGCAAGUCGGCCUGAAUCGGACCAGCUCGUCGAUGUGAUCAACAAGUUGAAGCAGAUCCAGCAGUUUGCUCUUGCAGGGAACAUUCGGGCUUCGAUCACUUGUGAUACUGAAAGCGUCAGCAACAACACUGCCGCUCUGUCCAAGUUCCUGGGUUCAGUGCCACAAAAGCCUGCCACUUUCCACGCCAGGCCAGCGACCCAGUUUGCGAGAAACAUCAAAUCGUUCUACCCCCUGCCAUAUCAGGUUUACUAUGGCGCGCUCGCUCUGCCGACAGUCUCCUACACAUCGCCUGACAAUGCUCCGCUCCAGGUGCUCUCGUCGCUCUUGACUCACAAGCAUCUGCAUCACGAGAUUCGCGAAAAGGGAGGCGCCUACGGUGGCGGUGCAUAUUCCCGAGCCCUGGACGGCAUCUUUGGGUUUUACUCGUACCGCGACCCCAACCCGGUCAACACGAUCAACAUCAUGCGCAGUGCCGGACAAUGGGCUGUUGACAAGAAGUGGUCAGACCGGGACCUGGAGGACGCCAAGAUUUCCAUCUUCCAAGGCGUCGAUGCGCCCCGGGCUGUCAACGAGGAGGGCAUGAGCAACUUCCUGUACGGAAUCACCGAGGAGAUGAAGCAGAAGAGGCGCGAGCAGCUUCUCGAUGUCUCCAAGGAUCAAGUGCGCGAGGUGGCUCAGAAGUAUAUUGUUGGCGCGCUUGAGAAGCAAGCUGAGCGGCUUGUCUUCCUUGGUGAGAAGCGGGACUUUGUCGACGACUCUUGGACCGUCAACGAGAUGGACAUUGGCGGGUCUGCUUAAGCAGUUUUCGACGGCCUGCAGUUUGUAUUUUUACUGUACAACAUGAACGAUGAUACCCUUCUCUGAUAGCCAGCUGGUGUACAUGAAUCAUUUGUGAC